UUUGUUAAAUUUCUUUUUUAUCUGUCUUCUUCGGAAUUAUAUGAUACGUUUAAUAGUAAAAUGUCUGUUUUUGUAUAAAUGUUUUGUAUUUAAAAAACCAAACAAUAAUUACUACGUAUCAUUUAGUACUAGUAGAACACCAUCACUUAGUUAUACGAUUGUAAUUACCAUACAAAUAUGGAGUCCUGCGUUGGUGUUGAACAGGAUUUGGACAAAGCAAUUUCAAAAUUUAAUGCUAUAAAUGAUCAUACUGAUGUAGUUCUACAGGAUAUCAUAGAACAGGUUCAGAAUUUGAAGAAAGAAAUUGCACAAAAUCCUCCAGAUACCCCAUUAUCUCAGACUCAAGCCAUGGUGGUAAGCGAUCUGGCCGCACGGGUUAAACAAACUGUAUUCCAGAUGUCCACAGAACAUCGAGAAUUGCAUGCUACAGUGUCCCGUGUGGGCAAGUCAAUCGACAGGCACUUCAUAGCUGACUACGGAUCAGUUGCACCGAAAGCGGAAUUGUUUUGCUCAGACUCAAAUAAACCUAUUAUGGAACAAGCCAUUGCGCAACACAUAUUCAGACAGGGUUUGGAGGAAGUAGGCGAUGCGUUUGUGGCAGAGAGCGGAAUCUCGCCGGUGGAGCGAACAUGCGCGUUUGCAGCGCUGCAGCGCUGUGCCGCCGCGCUCGCCGAGGGUGACCCCGCGCCCGCGCUGCGCUGGGCUGAACAACACGCGGAAGAAUUGGAGCACUCUCCUUUGCCCUUCACUCUUCACAGGAUGCAGGCACUUAAGCUGGCGCGGACGGAGGGCGUGGGCGCGGCGAUCGCGUACGCGCGCGCGCAGUUCCCGCGGCACGCGGCGCGGCACGAGCGGCAGCUGGCGGCGUGCGUGUGCGCGCUGGCGUGGGUGCGCGGGGGCGCGGGCGCGGGCGCGCCGCCGGCCGCGUACCGCGCGCUGCUGGCGCCGGCCGCGCUGGGCGCCGCCGCCGCCGAGCUGUUCGUGCGCGAGGCGUGCGCGCUGCUGCGCCUGGCGCCGCUGUCGCCGCUGGCCGGCGCCGUGCUGGCCGGCGCGCGCGUGCUGCCCGCGCUGCACGACAUCCGCGCCAAGAUGACGCACCCGCACGUCAUCGCCGCCUGGUCCGACGACGAGCUGCCGCUCGAGGUGGACCUGGGCGAGGACGGCGGCGGCUACCACUCAGUGUUCGCGUGCCCCAUCCUGCGACAGCAGGCCUCCGAGCAGAACCCGCCCAUGCGGCUGCUGUGCGGACACGUCAUCUCGCGGGACGCGCUCAACAAGCUCGCCAUGGGGGCCAAGUACGUCCAUUGUACUAGGCAUCGAUUGAAAUGCCCAUACUGUCCUAUGGAGCAAGCGCCCUCAGAAGCCAGGCAGAUAUACUUCUCUUAAGACUCCCUGUCAAUGGACAUACGACAUGAAUUUAAAGUGUACCGUAAUAAAUAUUAAACUUAAACGAAUGGACAAUCAAAUAAUAUUGACGUGCGUAUAGAUAAACAGCAUUAUUGUAAUUGUAAGAUAAAAAUAUUAUCGUUGUAUAUUUACUAUGGACUGUAGAAAAAGUUUAUGUUCUUUUUGUAAUAAAAUAAUAAAAUUUU